AAAAUGAUAUAAACUUAGCACUAUACAACGAAUACUCCCAAAUUAUUGCAAACACUAUCACUUUUCCAAAUAAACACUUUUCAGUGGAAAUAGAACCAAUUUUAUUAAAUAUUUAUUUGGAUACAUUAAAUAGAAUGAACAAAAUAUUUGGAUUAACUUUAGAAAAGGAUCAACUUCGUGAAAGUGGAACAACUUUACCAAAAGAUGAUACCGAAGUUAUUUUUAAUAAUGGCAAAAACCUAAUUUUUAUUGGUGAUAUUUAUUUUGAAAAGAAAUACUAUAGAGAAUCAUUAAAAUAUUAUUUAUUGGGAUGUGCUAUUGAAAAUGCAUUUUAUUCAGAUCCAACCAAAACAGCAUUGACAACCUCAAAAUAUUUUACGCAUUUAGCUCGUAGAUUAUUCGAUUGUUUUUACUUUUUAAAAUCACCAAUGCAGGCCAUUGUGGUUUCACAAUUUUUUGGCAAUUUAAAUCAAACCUGUUCAGUCUCAUUCAAAAUUAUUCAAGAUGAAUUCUAUCAAUUAGAUACAAACUAUUUUCAAUAUAUUUGGGAGAUGCCAUUACUAGAAAUUUUAAUAAAUACUUUUACAAAGCAAAAAGAUAUAAAAAAAGUUUAUAUUUUAACACAAAUUAUUUCAAAUCCAAAUAUAAACGAAUUUAAUCAUCCAGAUAUAAGAAAAAAUUAUAUUAAAAAUACCAAAAAUAAUUUUUUGAAAGCAAUUUCAUCAAACUAUUUAUUAUCAUAAUAAAAUAAUAAACCUAUAUUUAAAUUUCCACUAUUC